AUGGAUUUGGAUAGUAUAGACUGUACUUCAACCAUGGAUGUUACAGAUGAUGAAGAGAUCCAACAAGAUCGCCAUUCGUAUGCUUCAGUUUCGAAGCAUCAUAGUAAUAACAACAGCAACGUGAAUGCUGCUGCUUCUGGGCUUCUUCCUACCACCACUAGUGUUCAUGAGCUUCUCGAAUGUCCUGUAUGCACCAAUUCUAUGUACCCUCCGAUUCAUCAGUGUCACAAUGGACAUACUCUAUGUUCAACUUGUAAAAACAGGGUUCAUAAUCGCUGUCCAACUUGUCGACAAGAGCUCGGCGAUAUCCGUUGUUUGGCGCUUGAGAAAGUAGCGGAAUCUCUUGAGCUACCGUGCAAACACAUGUCACUUGGAUGUCCUGAGAUCUUUCCUUAUUACAGUAAGCUUAAACAUGAGACUGUGUGUAACUUCAGGCCUUAUAACUGUCCGUAUGCUGGAUCCGAGUGUUCUUUUAUGGGAGAUAUCCCUUUCUUAGUUGCUCAUCUGAGGGAUGAUCAUAAGGUUGAUAUGCAUUCUGGGUGCACUUUCAACCAUCGUUAUGUCAAAUCUAAUCCUCGUGAAGUCGAAAAUGCUACAUGGAUGUUAACUGUAUUUCACUGCUUUGGUCAAUACUUCUGUCUUCACUUUGAGGCUUUCCAGCUCGGAAUGGCACCAGUCUACAUGGCGUUCCUGCGUUUCAUGGGGGACGAAACAGAAGCUCGGAACUACAAUUACAGUUUAGAAGUGGGAGGUUAUGGCCGGAAGCUGAUUUGGGAAGGAACACCGAGAAGCGUAAGAGACAGCCACAGAAAAGUUAGAGACAGUCAUGAUGGACUAAUUAUACAAAGAAACAUGGCUCUCUUCUUCUCAGGUGGAGACAGGAAAGAGCUGAAACUACGAGUCACUGGAAGAAUCUGGAAAGAUCAGCAACAAAGUGGUGAAGGUGGAGGAGCUUGUAUCCCAAACUUAUCUUAA